AUGAAGAGCCUUGUCUUGUUUUUGAUAACUUUGGCUCUGGCCAAGUCACUUCCACUCGAGACCGAUCAGAACCCCGAAGUCGCGCUGAACGAGGACGAGAAGAUUGGUAAGUGUUUCAGUUUUUAACAGUUUUAUUAGAAUCUACCUCAGGUCUAACACGGCGUGCAACAUCCAACAAUACUUUCACUAAGCAGACUUCUACUGUUUUUAAAUCAGUUUCCUCUUCCUUUUUUUGCACCUCUCCUUUUAGUUAAAGGAGGGGCCAGCAAUCUUUGGCGCACGCAGCUCUUUUAACAUAGUAAAACGAUCUUUUUUUCCCUUUUAAUAUAUUUUUGCUUGUCUUAUUCCUUCGCAUUUCUGGCAAAGCUCAAUAUAAUAUAGAGUGUUAAAAUUUUAUUUUAAAUAUACUCAUUUUCCACAAGAAAAUCAGCGUGAUCCCAACCUCUCUUGUUUUUUAGAAACACCUGUUUUCGAUCCCGAGGUAUCAGAUACAGCUGAUAAGCUUGAAAUUGCUGAAAGAGGUAAGUCCGUCUGUCGAUGAUUGCAAAGGUUUUUUUUUUUCUUUACUUUUUCAAGAUAAUACAAAAUAUCGUGUUUUCCAAUGUUGCUGUGAGUUGUUCUCAGUGGACUGACUCCCCAUCAAUAAUAUUCUGCAUGCGCUAGUUCAUGCCUAGCUUCGAUAAGCGCUUCAUUAAUUAGGGCUUGUGAAGUGAUGCGCAAAGCUUUCGGAGCUUGUUGCCUGUUUUGAAAAGAACGGAAUGAAAAGUCGUUACUAAAUUUCAUUUGAAUACACUCAUUUUGCAGCGAAGCCUGAUUAGCUCUGUUUCUAGGUGCGAACGUUCUUACUGUAACCAAUUGCAAGGCAUUCCCAUUUCCUUUCACUUAAACAUACUCAUUUUCCACAAGAAAAUCAGCGUGAUCCCAAUCUCUCUUGUUUUUUAGAAACACCUGUUUUCGAUCUCGAGGUAUCAACUGAUUAUCCGGGCGGUCAAAUUGGCAUAAAUAUAUACGAUUUUUUUCAAUAAAACUUUGUUUUAAAAUUGUUACUUUUCAGAUACAGCUGAUAAGCUUGAAAUUGCUAAAAGAGGUUCUUGUGAAGAAGGUAAGUCCAUCAUAAUCUGUCGAUGAUUGCAAAGGUUUUUUUUUCUUUACUUUUUCAAGGUAAUACAAAAUAUCGUGUUGUCCAAUGUCACUGUGAAUUGUUCUCGGUGGACUGACUCCCCAUCAAUAAUAAUUCUGCAUGCGCUAGUUUGUGCCUAGCUUCGACAAGCGCUUUAAUAAUUUGGGCUUUUAAAGUGAUACGCAAAGCUUUCGGAGCUCGUGGUCUGUUUUAAAAAGAACGGAAUGACAAGUCGUUACUAAAUUUCAUUUGAAUACACUCAUUUUGCAGCGAAACCUGAUUAGCUCUGUUUCUAGGUGCGAACGUUCUUACUGUAACUAAUUGCAAGGCAUUCCCAUUUCCUUUAACCGCGCUGAAAUUUCCAUUAUGAGCAGAAAGCAAAGCCCUUCCCGUUUCCCAAUCUCAAGUGAAAAGGCUCCUAAGUGAGUUUCCUCCCCUCUCAAAUUUCGCCACCGACAGGAGCGCAACUGGCGCGAGAGCGUGCCCUAUUCAAAACUUAGUUCAGAUGACAAUAAAUGCGAGACCUCUAUAGUUCUCUGUGUAUCCCAAGUAAUGCUAGUGGCCCUUAACGAAGCCCCAACCAUAAAAUAAGGAUGUUCAAUUACGUGGAUUUUUUGUGUGCCCAUGUUUUCGAGUUUUGAUUAAGUUGUAGAAGUGGAUGUGCUUGAAGUCAAAAUUUCACUUCUUAAAACGGUACGAUGUGAACGUCAAGAACAUCCUAGUAAUAAGAGGACAUAUAAAUUUUAUCAUGAGGUAGGAUAAGGCUUUGAAUUAAAUUUGGAGGGAAGCGGAAAGAUUUCACUUUCGUAAAAAAAAAAAAAAAGGACAUUUUGAAGGACAGAAUGACCAAUUUGUCUCCCACGGGACCUCAAUCAAAAAACAGACAAAUCAGUCAUGAGUACAAAGGAAAUGUAUUUUGAAGCUAACCUCAUAAAGUGUAAUUCAGAUGCCAAGUUUCCAGGAUAUCCGUGAGAUGAACGAAAAAUUUUUAUGAGGAUCUUAGAGAGAGAGCGUCUUAAAAUACAUGUGUUUGCUGGUAAUAUUUGACGUUGUUGAAAUCUUAACUCAUAGGUAUUAGCGAGGGAAUAUAUGUCAUUGUAAACGUCGAAACAAAGCGCCUCUUGUUCCAGGACGGCCCUAAAAUAAAAGGGUUCCGUGGAGCAGAAAAGGGGUGGAAGGCUAGUUCAGGCUUCGAAGCACCAGCUGUUGUGGGUGCUGAUGCAAAUUACUACAAUCGAGCUCUUUGGAAGAUCAUUCCUCGAGGUGGUGGCAAAUACUUGAUCGAAAACUUGGAGACGAAAAGGUACUUGUUUCAAGAUGGCCCUGCCAUGAAAGGGCCUCGUGGAGCAGAAAAGGGGUGGGCGGCUAGUUCAGGCUUCAAAGCACCUGCUGUUGUCGGAGCUGAUGCCAACUACUACAAUCGAGCCAUCUGGAUGAUUACUCCACUUAGUGAUGGCAAGUACUUCAUUGAAAACGUCUUCACGAAGAGGCUCGUGUUUCAAACUGGUCAACCGAUUGAAGGGAAGCGUGGAGCAGAAAAGGGGUGGAAGGCUAGUUCGGGCUUCGAAGCACCUGCUGUUGUUGGUGCUGAUGCCAACUACUACAACCGAGCCUACUGGAUACUACACAAAGUGCGUUAGACUGAUUAAAAAAAACGUGCCAACAACGUUAAGGGUAGCAGUUAUAAUGGAACUGUUAGUAGCUUUUCCUGGGUUGUAGGGCAAGUUUGUCAAAUAUUUAAACUUCAAGCUUUUGACUGUAGUGUGAAAAAUAAAGGC